AUGACACCAGCGAUCCUGGGGAACUAUGAGGAGAACGGAAGGCAAUAUGGCGGAUUUAGAAAAGGAAAAUACAUGUUCCCAACGGACGAGCAAGAGAUGGAUCGCAUGGAUAUCUAUCACAAGUUCUUUUCUGUUGCGAGACGAGGAGCUCUGCAUUCGACGCCCUUCAUACCGAAUUACGACCGCGGGCCACGAAUAUUAGAUCUAGGAACCGGCACAGGAAUUUGGGCGAUUGACAUGGCGGACAAAUAUUGGCAUCAAAAUGCAGAAGUUUGGGGAGUGGAUCUCUCCUUGAUUCAACCAAGACAAAUCCCGCCCAACAUUACCUUCCAACAACGAGAUAUCGAAUCACCCUGGCACGGCAUGGAGCUGGAUUCUUGGGAUUUGAUACACAUGCGAAUGCUGAACGGCAGCAUACAGAGCUGGCCAGGGAUAUACCAGCAGAUUUUCAGACAUCUCAAGCCUGGAUUUGGAUGGCUCGAGCACGUCGAAAUCGAUAUCAUCCCCCGCUGCGAUGACAAUACUCUUCCUGUAAAUUCUCCGCUAGUUGGCUGGGCUCAAUACCUCAUAGAGGCCACGGCCCGGGCAUACCGCCCCAUAGCAUACAACACGGAGACGAAAGCAAUGCUCGAACGGACGGGAUUCGUGGAGAUUCAGGAGCAGGUCAUCAAAGUGCCUCUGAAUCCAUGGCCAAAUGACCCUCAUCUCAAAGACAUCGGAAGAUGGUAUAAUCUCGGUCUUACUCAAGGACUGGAAGCCUUCACCCUGGGCCCAAUGACGAGGAUGAGCAACUGGACGAAAGAGGACGUGGACCGCCUAGUCGCAGAGGCAAAACGGGACAUUUGCUCCAAGAAAUUUCACACCUACUGCAAUAUGCACAUCUGGAUCGCACGUCGUCCGGCUGAAGCAUGA